UUUAAAAAGAGGGGAAUCCCUUGGUUUGCAGGAGGCCGAAGUUGAAGUUGAAGCAGCGGCGCGGAGUCUGAAGAAGAAGAAGAUAAAAGAUGACGCAGAAAGAUAAGCUGUUCAAGGGCCAACGCAUUAAGAAAACUCUUCCUGUAAAUCGCCAUGGCAAAGCCCCAUCCACUCGCAAAGGAAAGAGAUUUAAGAAGCCUUCCAAUAUCACGAAAGAUAUGGAGAAGGACAGAGAGGUGAGCAAGUUCAUAAACCAGUGUAACGAGAUCAAGGUUGUGAAUUUGGCCAGCAAGGAAGGUGGUGAGUUUUGCAUUGUAAAGCCACAGCAACCGGAGGCCAAAACUCAAAAAUAGUUGGCAUCUCUCGCUCUCUCACACACACACACAGAAUCAUCAGUUAACACAAAUCAUCUAAAUUCAGGGAAUGUCGAUGAAUGAAACAUAAUCAGUGUGUUGUUUCUACUUGUUAUUUAAGUCUGGUUCUCUUUCCACUGCUUUCUUUCUCAGAGGUGUUUGGUUUUCCCUUUACGAGAUCUUGUAUCCUUGUGUGGCUCUUUCGAUGAAUAACACUGGCUCAUCGUUUUUUGACUAAAUAACGUAGCCUCAUGCAAUGAGAGAGUAAUUCUGAG